UCAGCGGGCGGGAAGAUGAGGCGGCGAAGCGCGCUCCGUCGCCUGAGGGGAAGCCAGGCCCGUUGACGCCCCUCCAGCCUCCCCCGGCAGGCCUCGCGAGGCGGGAUGGAGUCCACCGGGCCUCGGCCCCCGGUUGGAGUCGUCUCGGGCCCGCCCGCGGGGCAACCCCGGGAGUACAAACUGGUCAUGUUGGGCGCCGGCGGGGUCGGGAAAAGCGCCAUGACCAUGCAGUUCAUCAGUCAUCGGUUUCCAGAAGACCACGAUCCCACGAUCGAGGAUGCUUACAAAAUGCGGAUCCGGAUUGACGACGAACCUGCUAAUCUGGAUAUUUUGGACACUGCAGGCCAGGCCGAGUUCACUGCUAUGAGAGAUCAGUACAUGCGAGCCGGCGAGGGGUUUAUUAUCUGUUACUCCAUCACGGAUCGCCGAAGUUUUCACGAAGUCCGGGAGUUUAAACAGCUCAUCUACCGUGUCCGGCGUACGGAUGAGACUCCCGUCGUUCUGGUCGGGAACAAGUCCGACCUAACUCAACUCAGGCAGGUCUCCAAGGACGAAGGCUCGGCCUUAGCCCAGGAGUUCGGCUGCCCCUUUUUUGAGACCUCCGCUGCCUUCCGCUACUACAUCGACGACGUCUUCCACACCCUCGUCCGUGAAAUCCGGCGGAAGGAGAAGGAAAUCGUCACAGCGCUGGAGAAGAAGUCCAAGCCGCGUCCGAGCGUUUGGAAAACCUUGAAAUCGCCCUUCUGCAAGAAGAAAAAUUCCAUAACCUGAAACCCCCUCCCUUCUCCUCCCCCGCCCCCAAAGAAGACCUCCCUUAACCAGAGGGAGGAAUCAGCUCUGCAGAGGGAGCCCUCCAGAUUUGAACUCUCUUUCUGCUGAGCAUGUAAACGGAAGUCCUGAUUGGUGCAAAAAAGCCAACGACCCCCAUAUGGUCGUCCUUCCGCAAAAUAAUUUUUUCCUUCAGCAUUGAGCGAUACACGGCUUCUCUGCUUGCAAUUCCUGCCUACCCAACCCGAGCGGAGUUCGCCGAGAAAUCAAUGGACAUGGAAACGAGCCAAACCACCUUUGCAAACAAGCCGUCCUCGCGUCUCGUGAGGGCGGCGAGCCGACCUUGUUGGGGUGCCGUGGCUAAUUUUGGCCCGGGUUGGCGUUUCAGCCACGAUUGGGGAGGAAUCUUGGCCUUUGACGGAGUGGGAGGGUGACACCGUUUAGAAGCAGUCCAAAUUCUUUAGCCUGGGGCAAGGCGGAGGGGGCCGACGGGACACGCCGCAAAACCAGGUUUUUACAUUUUCACUCGGGGUACAGGAUGCCAACGGGCCUGUGAGGAGCAACUGCAAAGACUCCUUAAAUUUUUUGGAAACUCUGCUGUAGCAUCUGUUUCUCGUGCCACCUCUUUCGCGAAAGAGGGCUGCUCCCCUCUUUCCCGCCCCCCUGUGUGGCAUCCGCAAAAGUGGGGCUGGGGAUUCCACGGCAAAGUAGUUUACGCCGCUUUUAACAGGAGAACGGAAGGGACCUCCUCGGAGGUCUUUUAGUCCAACCCCCUGCUUAAGCAGGAAACUGGGAAUUGAAGCUGCAAGGCCCCACAGCCAUCCUGUGGGGAAGGGGGGGGGAGUUGCUUAUUCAUCUUUAUAUUGCUUGCGUAAAGGUGAUUUAAGAUAGAUGUUCCAGAAUGUUCCGGAAGAAUGUUCAGAAAUAGAUCGGUGCGGUGGCCGAGAGGUGGAGCUCUCACCUCAGAAUGAGGAGUUUGAUAGGAGUUGGAUCCUAGGUAGAGGCAGAUAUUUCUCUCUCUGUUCUCGCUGAGAAUAUUAUCUGCUGAAGAAAACUCCGCUCUGGUGACACGAAAGGCAUCCGGCCAGUAAAAAACUCAGCUUCAUUCAGUUGCUCAGACUCCCCUCCACAAGGGAUGAUGGGGUCAUUAGAAGAAGACGAGGGUGUUCAGAAAUCAUAUUCACGGAUCCAAGUUUGAAUGAAAACCAUAAAAACGUCCACGGGAUUGGGAGCGAUUUAUGUCGGAUUCCGUCACUGACAAGAGCAAGGAAGUGGGGGGAGAGAGAGAGAGAGAGAGAGGUCGAUCAGGGUCGUGCUCUGAGAAACGGAAGGAAGGGAUGCCGAGAGGCAAUAAGGGGAACGUGGUUAAUUGGAGGUGUAAAGUUGUAGCAUGGCAUAGAGCAAGUGGUCAGUUGGAUUUGGGAGACGAGUUUGUAAAACCUCAGUUAGGGGAGAGAGUGGUAAGGUGUUCACUUCACCUGCGCGAAGACCAGCAUCAAAUUUGUAGCCUAAGUCACAAGGCGUGUGUGUUGGUUAGCAGAGUCUUGAGAUUUUGGCCGCGCUGAGCCAACGGGGCCCAUCUGCUUUUAUUAAUUGAAAGAGUUUGGGUCAGUUUUUCCCCCCUGGGGUGCCUUGUGGAAGGACCCCAAAAUCGAAGCCAACGUGAAUGAAUUAUGGAGGUUUUGAUAGAGAGGCUCGCAGGUUUUGAGUAAGGUCCUUUGUUGAAGGUAAGAGAAAUGUAUAUCUCCGAGAUCUGAGUCCUUCCGGUUUUAGUAGCCACGACACAUUCCUGCGGCCAUUUUUGCAAAGUGUUUGUAAUUGUGUGUGGUUUGCGAUCAGGGGGGGGUCAGGAAAUAAGGACAGCCCUUUGCCAAGUUUCCUAAGAAUGAGAGAAAACAAUGGAAACUUUUUUUUUUUUAA